AUGUAUCAAUUUCACCCAUACCAAGACGACUUUCAAUUCAUAGAUGACCCGGGAGAUACGCUGAAGCGAAAAUGGCCAUUUGAAGAGGAUGAUUCCAUCUACUCUCCAAUAUCCUCUACAAAUCCAGCAGGAGCCUUCGAGGGGGCUUCAGUGGAAGUAAUAGAGGAAGCCACCGAGGGCGAGUCUAAUCCACAGCAGCUUGUCAGAGUCAAAACCCAACUUCAAGGCUCUGGCUUUCUCGAUGGAUUUUCACUAGAUUCCAGGUCUUCGCAAUCGUUCCAAGUACGCCAGGAAGGGCGAUUUUUCUCACUGCAGCACAACGGAGGGAAUUUUGCACGCCUUAACAAAUUAAUCAGUGGAGACCUCAGCGAAUUACUUCAAGAAUUCCCCAUGGUACGGCUAAAGGCCUUUUUAUCACGAAAAGACCUCGAGAUUGGCUCUGAAUCAUGGCGUCCCGGAAACGCGAUUACCGUUGAAAUCAACAUAUACGGACCUGAAGCUGAAUCGGAAACAAUUGGAAAGAAAUUGAGCAAAUCGGGCAACUUCUUACAACAGCCGCGGUUUGGAGCUGGGGGGAUGAAAUACGUCAAUCCUCACAUUCUUCGCAUGCCGGGCUUUUCAACUGAUCAUGAGAUCUUAGAUCUUGAUUCUGACACCGGAGAAGAUCAAGUAUUAGAGUCCCCUGGUGGCAAUGAUGAUUCCAACGAGGAUCCGAUUGAUGUAGAACAGAUACUUGACUCGCAAUUGCAACAUAUUUUGACAACAAAUAUUUCCAUCGAUCGGAGGGUCAAGAGCCCCCUUCUACAACACCAGAAAGAAGCGAUUGACUUUAUCUCGCAGCGUGAGAAAGGAGCAGCGGAUUUGGAAGGACUUUGGAAGUAUAAUGACACCGAUGAGGAUGAGCCAUUUUAUCAGCAUGUUCUCAACGGAGAAAGACGUCGAGAACCAGAUCAUGCCAAAGGUGGAAUUGUGGCUGAUGAGAUGGGUCUCGGCAAGUCUCUGGUGAUUCUUUCGGUGAUUGCUGGAUCUUUAGACGAAGCCCGACGGUUUGGUGCACAAAAGUCUCCUCAACAAACCCGGACUCCCUCCAAAGCGACGCUUAUAAUUGUGCCAUCAACGUUUUUAAUCGACAAUUGGAUAAAGGAGAUACAAAGGCAUAUUUUUUCGGCAACAUUAUUCUCUCAUCAGCACAUUGGGUGGGAGCGACACGCUGAAGAAGAAUUGCUAAAGGAGAAGGACAUAGUGUUUACGACAUAUGCAACGCUAGCAGCCGAGGCCUCACGGAAGGAUAGGGGGGAGAGCAUUCUGACAACGAUUGAAUGGUUCAGAAUCGUUCUUGAUGAGGCGCACUUUGUGAGAAACCGUUCCACAAAGCAAUUUCAAGCGGUGAUGCGUCUUUCUGCUCAGUACUAUUGGUGCCUUACCGGAACACCGAUCCAGAACGAUAUUGAGGAUCUCGGAGCAUUAGUUGCCUUCGUCAGGGUGCCGAUUCUACAACGCCCAGCUGCAUUCCGGAAACUGAUAUCCUCGCCAAUAUCUUUAAAUGUUAAAGACCGCUUUAACAAUCUUCAAACACUCCUUCGUUCAAUCUGUAUCCGGAGAACACGAGAAUUGCUGAACAUUCCCGAGCCGAUUGAGAUCCGGAAACCUCUUACCAUGGCACCAGCGGAGUGUGAGCAGUAUCGGGAGCUGUUCCUUAGAUGCAAAAUGCGCAUUGAGAUGGUUGUCUCUGGACAUCGAAAGGGAAGAUUCAACUCCACCAUUCUGGAGCUAUUUCUAGCCCUUCGUCUGUUUUGCAAUAACGGAAAAGCAGAAGAGGGAGCACCGAAAGAUAUGGAUGAAGCUCUUUCUCUACUUCAACAACAAGACCAGGACCACUGUGUCUACUGCGGCUGCACAAUACUUCACCUCAGUGAGGCUCCGGAAACAGACGGAGGGAUCAUGAUUCCUACCUGCUCACAUAUUGUGUGCCAUGGUUGUCUAAUACAGUACACGAUGGAAAAUCAGCAAUGCCCUUCUUGUGGUCCUAGUACCAUACAAUCCCAAACAACCGACGCAACUAGAUAUCAACUGGCAAGACCUUUGGGUGAGCCCACAGCCCGUCCAUUUGCGCAUUAUUCGACCAAAUUACGCGCUCUCUUAUUCGACAUAAUGCAAAACCCCUCCCAAAAAUGCAUUGUUUUCUCAAGCUGGAAGAAAAGUCUCACUCUUGUCGCUGAGAUGCUCACCAGCCAGGGCAUCGCAUAUAGCAUGAUUGAUGGAUCAUUGCCACUAUCCCGACGAAUAGCCGAGCUAAAAACAUACGAAGAGCCAGAUACCAACGUGCUCCUCAUGACCCUGGGCACAGGUGCUGUUGGGCAAGUGAAUCCACUAAAUAUUACAUCCUCAUCCUGCAUUUACCUUCUCGAGCCUCAAUGGAACCCAUCUAUCGAAGACCAAGCCAUCGGACGAGCCCUUCGACUGGGUCAGCUUUCCCGCGUGACAAUUGUUCGGUAUAUCAUGAUAGGCACGGUGGAAGAGACGCACGUUGUUCCACGCCAACGCAAAAAGCUGCAAAUUGCGGGCGGCGGAUUCCAGAAAGAAAAUAACAGGAAUGCGGACAGACUGAAGUCUUUGCGGAAUCUAUUUGAUGUCGAUUCAAUGGUGCAGGAUCCGAGAACUCUAAAUUGA